AUGGCACUGGAGGAAUCCCAUAAAGAAGUCGGCGUACUCCGACAAUUGACUCACAGACACAUCGUUGCAUAUUUUGACACUUUUGUCAAGAGCAAUAGCCUGUACAUUGUGAUGGAGUAUGCAGAUGGUGGUGAUCUUGCAUCCUUAAUCAAGCAGCACAAGGAUGACGAGACACCAUUCACUGAAGCAAGUGCUAUGACUAUUUUUGGCCAAUGCCUUUUGGCACUUCAAUAUAUUCAUUCGAAGCACAUUCUCCACCGCGACAUCAAGUCACAGAACAUUUUCAUGAUGCAAGCCGGCGAUGCCAAGAUAGGAGAUUUCGGAAUCUCGAAAGUUAUCGAGGGCACAACCGCUGCAGCUGGCACUGUCGUCGGAACGCCUUCUUAUUUUGCGCCAGAGAUUUGCGAAGACAAGCCUUACAAUUCUAAGAUUGAUAUUUGGUCAAUGGGCGUUGUGCUCUACGAGAUGCUGGCGUUGGCGCAGCCAUUUGCCGCAUCAAAUGUUGCUGCCAUGAUCAUGAAGAUAGUCAAUGCAGAGCCAGCCCCGUUGCCCCCAGAUUGGCGCCCAGAAGUUUGCGACGUUGUUCGACGCGCCCUCAAUAAAAAUGCCGAUGAGCGACCAAACGCAGAGGAUUUGCUUGCACUCCCCGCUGCAACUUGGCAGGCCGUGUUGCCGCAUGCGGAUCAGACAACGGUUCUUUCAAUGGACCAUUUUGAGAAGAUCGAUACUCUUGGACGAGGAGCACAUGGUAUUGCCAUUUUGGUGAAACAGAAAUUUGCUGGCAGCUCUGCGGCUUUGCGUGUUGUAAAGACUGUUGACUUCAGCCGGAUGUCGGAAGAGGCUCAGAAAGGUGCUAAAGAUGAGGUUGCCCUGUUGCGUCGACUAGCACAUCCGCACAUCAUUGCCUACUAUGAUGCAUUCUUUGAGGCUGACCAGCUGCACAUUGUCUUAGAGUAUGCUGAUGGAGGCGAUCUCUUCACUGCGGUGCAAAGGCGACGAGACGAGGAGUCGCACUUCAGUGAUGAGGAAGCCAUGCAUUGGUUCCGGCAGUGCCUGUCAGCUCUAUGCUACAUCCACAAGAAGAAGAUUCUUCAUCGUGACAUCAAGACCCAGAACAUAUUCCUUAUGAAAACUGGCGAUGCAAAGCUUGGAGACUUCGGAAUCUCAAAGGUGAUGGAUGGAACGAUGGCUGAAGCUGGAACAGUGGUGGGGACGAUGCUUGGCCCCUGA